AUGACUGAUAUCAAUAGAGUUUUAUUACAAUUUGCCAUUGUUAAAAAGCAUAUUGAACGCUUUCAAAAAUUUAUAACUGCUGCAAGUAAUGUAACUAAUGUUUCUGAAUUUAGUGUAAGGAAAACAAAGUUAAACGAAUGCAUGGAGAAACUUGACCUAUUAUAUGGUGUAUUGGAAAGGCAUAGUCCAGGAAAAUUCACAAAUGAAUACGACAAAUUUUAUGAUCUCAGCUUAUCACUAUUAGCUUCGUUGGAACAACAUAUAAGUAAGUUUGUUGUAAAAGUUGAACAGGGGCUAAAGAGUGAAGCAACGUCAGAUGUAAAAUUGCCAGUAAUUUCUCUACCUAAAUUUAACGGUGACAAUAGUCAAUGGCUUUUCUUUAAAGAUAUUUAUGAAUCACCAAUACAUAAUAAUGAUAAAUUAAGCCCGGUUCAGAAAAUACAUUAUUUGAAAGGAGCGUUAACUCCACCAGCUUCUAAUUUCAUUUCUUCAUUAAGUUUGACUAACGAUAACCAUAAGGUCGCUUAUGAUUUACCUUUUGAAACUUAUAAUAAUAAAUUUUUGAUUAUUAAUAAUCACUCAAGUGCUAUAGAUUCUAUUCCUUAUAUAAAUAAAGUACACACGAUUCAUUGA